UUUUCUCCGAAAAUGUGUAUUAGUUAGUGAUUACAGGUGCACAAAUCAAAAUGGGUAAAAAUGACGCGCAGAGAACGAAGGGAAAUACCAAGGCCGCCAGCAGUGCUAGAAGUGCUAAAGUGCUCGGGGAGAACACUGGGUUUGUAGGUUUCGGAACUACAGCAGAGGCAGGGUUUGUUCCUCUCCUUCAACCAGAUGACGGGGUUCCUCCGGAUUUCAGGCUUGCUAUGCGAAAAAUGAACAAAAAGGACGUAACAACCAAGUUGAAAGCUCUUCAAGAAUUCCUGGAUCUCAGUAUAUCAGCGUCUGAGCAGGAUAUGCUCGCUGUGCUCGCGUUCUGGCCAAGUGUUUACUCAAAACUUGCCUCAGACACGGAUCGUCGUGUGCGGGAACAGGCGCAUAUAGCACUAGAAGCAGUUGUUAAGGUUUGAACUUCUUUUUGUUUGGAAACUCAGCUUUGCAUGGAAACUAUUAUUUGUGUAUAAAAGCCAACCUAACAAAGAAUUUUACUUUACAUAAAUAUAUUUAUUACAUGCAAUGCCACUGACUGUUCAGUGUCAAAAGA